UAUGACCUCUGCCAUGUAGUUGGCGCAUGCGCAUAUGGGUUCAUGUGAGAAGGGAGUUACCAGGCGCCGAGAAAGAGUCCAAGACGACAGACAUUGCGGAUACCUGGGCCUGGGCCUACACAGUAGGUCAAUAAAGCUAUCCGAGGGCGUUUCAUCUCAAUCUCGGUGGCGCAUUUUCUGUUUCUGCAGUCAAGAAGGGAGUCGGCACGUGGACGCGCUUGACGAUGACGGCGCAUGGGUGGCGAUUUGGUGGUCCUUCUUUUUUUUUUUCUUCCUUUUUUUUUUGAACUAUUAGCGGCCCCCGAGCGGCCCCGGCACCUGUUACGGGUUUGGGUCGCCAGAAAGCAGGCGACGGAUGCCAUGAUGAAACAGUUCGUCAGUUUGCAAGUAUUCUUGCUCCGUCAGAGUGCAACUUCCCGGCUGCCAGGUUCGAAGCAAGAGGCCGAUUUGGCAGAAGUGGGUCCCUGUUGGAGCUUUGCCAGCUUUCGUUACGUCAUAGGGAACACCAACCAGCAGCACAAGGGAGCUGAGGAGCUUGUCUCCUUGUAUUCUCCCGCUACCAUGUUGAGUAUACUGAGGCAUGAGUGGGCACGUCAUGUAGGUACAUGGUACACUGCUGGCCCGGAGUCGUUCCUGCAGCAGAGGACUCGAGUUCCUUAAAUAUGGCCAUGGCCACGCCCAGGUAGUUUUCGCCCGGGUUGGAUUUUGCGUGAAUGAAGGUGAAUGACGGCUAGCUGAAUAGACUGUUUGAGUUUAACACGGUGCAUGUAAAUUAAAACACCUAAGUGCACGCAGCUGAGUGUUCUGGUGUUGGUUGGUGCUUCGCUUGUAUAUGCAUGUCGAAACUG